AUGAAGUCAUCCACUUCUCACUCCCUCAAUACAUCAUCACUCUCCUCCAUGUCUUCGGCGUCAUCGAUCGAUUCAUUAGAAACUCCAUCUUCAUCAUCCAGUGCUAGACAUUCUCACCGUAAUUUGAGCUCCAUCAGCGAGAGUAUUGGCUUGUCUUUUACUGUAUCUAAAAACAAGUUUUUAACGAAUGAUUCUGAAGUGUUUUGUUUAAAAUUUAGUCCAGAUUCCAAAUAUUUGGCUGCAGGAUGCAGUGAUGGAUUAGUCCGAGUAUACACAGUUUCCGAUGGUAAAAAUUUGUACAGUCUUAACACAGCAAAGAAACAACAAUUAUCUCUUCCAGUGACAUCUAUUAAAUUCAAACCGCACUUUGGAUAUGGUUCAUCACAGAAUAUUCUCUUGGUAUCAGGAUCUAAGGGAGUUGUACAACAUUGGCAUGUGACGUCGGAAAAAAUGCUCAAUGAAAUUGUUGAGCAAGAUAAUCAGGUUUACGUGGUUGAUUAUAGAAAGGAUGGUUCAUAUUUUGCAACAGCAGGAAAGGAUUCAACUGUUAGACUCUAUGAUGAGGAGACGAACAUUUGUGUAACACAAAUGCGAGGAGGAAAUGGGGUAACCACUGCUGGACAUACCAAUAGAAUAUUCUCUCUCAAGUUUCAUCCUAAUGAUGACAACAUUAUCAUUACGGGAGGUUGGGACAAUACUGUCCAAAUUUGGGAUAAGAGAAUGGAUUAUGCAGCUCGAAGAAUUUUUGGACCUCAUAUUUGUGGAGAUGCCAUUGACGUCGAUAUUAAUAAUACUUUGCUCACAGGAUCUUGGAGGUCAGAGGAGCAACUACAACUGUGGGAUUUUGGAUCUGGUAAAUUAAUUGAGAAUAUCAACAUUCCUCAUUCAGGUGGUCAACAUACAUUGAACGCAUAUUGUGCUCAAUUUGGUGACAGCUCAGGUUCACUGAUAGGUGUUGGAGGAUCUGGAACAAAUGAAGCCCUUAUUCUAUCGAGAGGAUCUGGAAAGGUAGUUGGAGCAAUCAGAGAGCUCGAACGAGCUGUCUUUUGUCUGUCGUUUUCAUCAAGCCAAAAUCACUGUGCUGUUGGCACAGGCUCUGGAUCCAUUUUCCUCUUGCAUAAGUAA